ACACGAAGCUGCGCUGACGUGCUCAUGAAUAUUCAUGACUCUACGCACACCUCCAAACCACGCAGCACACGCGCACGCAUUUACCUCACAGAAGAAUAAAGUACAGCCCAGUUAUGUUGUCUUCCAGCAGCUCGGCAGGGUGCCACAGUCAACUGUAUAACUCCAUAUGUUCAUAUCUGCACAAUCAGAACAGAGCACAGCCCAUCAUUGGUCUGAACUCCAUCACUGAGGUGUUGACGUACAGUCAGCCUGCACUGUACUUUUGUGAUGUCUGCUUUUUGAGAAUAACCAAGCCUGACAUCAGAAACCACAUCAUGGGGAGCAUUCACAGAUACAAUUACAUUAAAUCUCAUCAUGCAUGUGGGUGGAGAUCUUAUACAGACCUGACUCUUCUGGCUCGGCCUCUCAUGGAUAUCGCAAAAAUGAUUGAAAAGAGGGAGGGAACAGGUGAUGUACAGGUUCUGUGUGUGGAUGAAGUCAUCUACAACAAGAUGACAUCAUUGCCUGUCCCUGAUGCUUUUGCGCAAAUGAAGAAGAUUAAGAAUCAGCGAAACUCUAAUGCGAUUCAUUCGCUUGUUCAUAACAGCCCAUCUGAAGUGAAAGGUAAUGAAACCAGCUUUCAAGAGCAGCAAGAGUCUGGCAACACAGACGGGACUGCACAACUUCCAACUUUACGAUGUUCGCACCCGACACCGUGUGCAUCUGCAAUACCAUUGAGGUCACCAAAUGCAUCGCCCCCUAGAACCGAAGGUUAUCUCAAACCAUUAACCAAAUGCCAGGAGUCAUCUACACUUCGGAGUCUAGUGGAUUCUCCCGUUUCAUCUAGAAUACCUUGUCUAAAAAACUCCCCGGCUCCAGCCUUCGUCCAACACAUAAAUCAGGAUCAACCUGUGAUCCUAGACAGAAAUCAGAGUCUACAAAGAUAUAUGACGCCAUCUGAAAACCAGUGUCUAACUGAAACAAGGACAAUCACUGUCGUAAGACCACCAAGACAGUGGAGCCCCAUCAGAAUUGCUUUCCAGAAUGACACUAUGCAUGCUGGUGAAGAAGAUGGGAAUAAUGUCAUCCAUUCAUUUGGAGUCUACGAAUCACAUCCACUGCACCCAGCCCAAACCACGCCAUAUGAAGCCCAGCUGCAAACUCCAGUGAACCACAUGGUACCAGAGGUAACCCAGAGUCUAACAAGCAGGCAUAGAUUUUUCAUAAAUGAAAGCUCACCUGAUAGCCCAGAGCCUGUCAGGGAUGUGGAGAUUACCAGUGUUAUAAAGCUCAUCAGAACACAGAUGCUAAAAGGAGCAUUGGAACCAGCUGCAACACACGAUUCAAAUCAAUCCCAUGAUGAGGCUAAUUCACAGGAACCAAUCGACACCAAUCAGGAAGCACAUGUGGAGGCUCAAUCAGACAACUCUGAAGAAGAGAAUGGUUUUCUGUUCUCACAAAACCCGAUUGCCCAGUCCCCUCAGACUCAAAGCCCUUCUGAUCAAGUUGAAUCCAUCCACAACUACAAGGGUCGAAAGCCUCUUAUCGGUGAGUGCAUCCACAUAGUGUGUGAUCUCAGUACACCCCAACUGAAAUUAAGAGUAAACUAAAAUGAAUUAACAUACUUUAGGUAAUUUAGCACAAUAGUCACAUAUAAAACAUGAUGCACUGACUCAAAUUCACUGCAUCAAACUGUGUGUGAGCGUGUUUGUCACAGGUCUACAAGCUGUUAUCAAGUGCCAGAGCGUGGAUGGGAAUCCACCUCCAUGCUGUUACCUGUGUCGGCUGUGCUCUAUGAAGCUGAAGAAGACGAAAAUAUUCAGCCACCUGACUAGCUGUGACCACCAGCGAAACUACCUAAAAGCUCUCCACCCGCAGCUCCUGCCAAAAAAGCGUAAACACUGCAACACAAAUGAGAUGCUUGAGGAUAUUGCUAUCAAGUUGGAGAAAGAGGACGGAAGAGGACAAAUAAAGGUGAUGAGGUUGUCCGCUUGUCUCAUAAGUGAGGCACUGCACAAGGAUUAUCAAUGGUGUAUGAAGAUGUUGAACUGUGGAGAUGAUGUGGGGUGGAGAUCAGAUCUGCUGUCUUUAAAGGAUAGAACUGACAAAACCACAGGUCCCAGUCAGACUCUUAAACGCCCAGCCGAGUCUCUGCUACCCCCUUCUGAGAAAUCUCCUAUUAAAGCUCCUGAUGGACCUCCAACCCAUCAGAUGCCCAAAAAAAUUAAGAAGGACCAUCUUAAGCAAGUCAUGAGCAUUAACAAAAUAAAGAAUCCUGUGUUUAAGGUAAGCCUGUCACUGCAGGAGGGACCCGUCGUCAUUGAGAGAACUUCUCUACGAGACACAGUCACAGUGGCACCUGAGAUCGAAAGCCAAAGCCAUGCGUCCACAUGCACAGAUGAUGAUGUGACUAACACACAUCCUGAGGUUCAAACGUGCAAUCACGGAUUCCCACCCACAGUACACUGUGAGAGUACACAGCAGUAUCCUGACGGAGAUGUGCUCGCUCAGACGGACGUUCCCACACUGACCUAUACACACACUGAGUUGGACUCAGACAUGGACAGUCGUAUGUGUGAGGAUCAGUUCAUGAAUCCUGCUCAGUAUGCAUACUCAGGGCAGUUUGACCAACCUCAAGUCAUCCAAACGGUCCAGCCUUCUCUCAGACCUAAGGACUGCGGGUCGGUGGACGAGGUGGUCGCUGUGACGUAUACUGAAUGGCCGGAGCAGGACUGGUCCUUCUAUAACAAUGAAUGGAUUGCGAUGAGGCAAAACCAGGGUGGAAGUGAUCAUCAUCCUGAGUGUGGAGGUUACAUGCAGUACUGGUGAGAAUGAGUCUUCCAGCGCUUAAAAAAAUGCAACAAAUAGUUUGAACAUGUUUUUGCAACAGAAUUCAGUUCAAACUGUAUUUAAGUCUUUUUCAAAGCAGCCGAAUUUGUGCAGUUGGUAAAGAAAUGGGACUGAAUCAUCACUGAAUUAUUAAGCUGUAUUUAGACAUCUCAAAAAAACUUGAAAGGGCUUCUACUUCAUAUAUAUCACUUGUGCUUCUUUAGUGAAUGCAGAUUAAUCCAUUAAAUUUGUGUCUUUUGACAAUGUGAAAACCUAUGCUUAUAUAUAUAUAUAUAUAUAUAUAUAUAUAAUUUUUUUUUUUUUUUUUUUCAUCAGUAUGAUUCACUUCAUCAAAAAGACAUUGGUUGGUUAAUACCUGCCUUUGUGGUGUAGUAUCAAUUAUUUCGAGAUCGCAUCCAAACUAAAAGUUUGUUUACAUAAUGUGUGUACUGUGUAUAUUUAUUAUGUAUAUAUAAAUACACACAUAUGCAUGUAUAUAUUUAACAAAAAUCUAUUAUAUUUAAAUAUAAAAUAUUCAUUUGAUAUAUAAAUAUACAUGCAUACAUGUAAAUAUUUCUUAAAUACAUGAAUGUGUGUGUAUUUAUAUAUAUACGUAAUAAAUCAGUACACAUAUAUAUCAUGUACAGACUUAUUUUGGAUGUGAUUAAUCACGAUUAAUCGUUUGACAGCACUUAUAUAUAUAUAUGUAUCUUGUAUUCAGUAGCAUUGACUUUGAAUUAGUAUUAAACAUUGAACAUUGUUUCUUGUAUACAGUCCUCUGUCACAGCUGAGGUCAAGAAAAAAUACAAGCAGACAUGCACAUAUUACUGAUUUAACAAGAAAGAUUGCUCUCAGAUUUUGUUAGGCAUUAUAAGCUAAAUGGUUGUUGUUUUGGUUAUACAUGUAAAAAGCAUGAUAUCCUUGGUUCAAAUGUAUGUUUUAGAAUCCAUGAGCAAUGGAUCUGGUUUAUAAGCAUCAUUACAUGUAAUUCAAGUUCAUUUUCUUUUGUAAUUUUCAGUGUUACUGACAAUUCAUAUUCUUUAAAAACUGACCAAGUAGAAGAAAUUAAUUUAGAGAGAAAACAGUUGAAUGUUCAGACUUGUUUAAUCCAGUAUUUCUUAAUUUUUUUGUCAUGGCUGUCAUAAUUGAAUUUAAAGUUCAUGUUGUCACAAGUAUUAAUAUCAAAUUAUUUUUAUUGUAACUAAUUGUUUUAAUAGUAAAUUCCUAUUUCUUAAAUAAAAUUCUUAUUUUCACAGACAUUUGUCAUUUGAAUUGUGUAAUAAUGUACUAGAAAUAACCAAGUUUAUAACCAAGUUGAUAAGAGUAUUUAAAAACUUUGUUUCUUUAGUUGUAAACCGAUCCCUUAGUAGUCUGAUCCAGUAGCAUUAAAACGAGUAGUAAAAGGAUUCAAGAACAGCUCCAUUUGUAAUUUGCCAUUACAAUACCAUGCUUUACCGGAUGAUGGCGCCAAACUACCAAUUUACAACCAAAUGAUGUAAAAGGUGCGGCGAACCUUAUAUGUGCUAAAAAAUAAAUACAUAUAUAUGUGGCUAAAUCAAUAUUGGUAUACAUUUAAAUGAAUGAAAGUAUAAUUUAUCGUUCUAUAUUUAUUAUAUAGGCAUAGUCAAACGGUUUUUUACGAGUAUAAACAACAUUCAAAAGACCGCUGCGCGUGAACAGCGGUUGGAAAAGUGCGCGAGGAAGAUCAGAUCUGCCAACUGACAUUCUCAUCAUCAGUAUAUUUAUUCACUUCACAAAUUUAGAGAUAUUUCUGACUAUUUAAUAACAUAACUGCCGUCGUAAUGAGUGUGAUUCUUGAGUCAUCAUUCAACAUUGAAGAUAUUAUAAAGACACCAAAAAGCCCAGUCAACAGAACAGAACUGAAACCAACGGAGCUGUUAAUCAAACUCAGGAAGCUGCAACAAGCCAAGAAAAGCCUUGAAGAUGAGGUGAAGGAAACCAUGAUCUUCAGAUGUGCUAGGAAAGAGGAGGAAGAUACCUUAACUGCUGAAGCCUUACAGUUGGAGGGAACAUUGCAUGAAAAGGAAGAGUUAAAUAGAUCUCUGCAGCUCAAAUGUGAGGACAUUCAGCUAGAGGCACAAAGGCAGCUUGAGCAGAUCCAUCAGAAAGAGGAACUAGUAAAGCAGUACUGCUUUCAGAUCCAGGAGACCAAACUAAAGCACAGAAAGAUUCGGAUGAAGUUUGAGAACCAGCUUCAGCAGUUAAUGGAGCAGCAUAAAAACCUGUCUGCUGUUUUUACUCCACAAAGACUCCCAGCAGAAAUCCAGUCUGCUGAGUACACCACUGAGCAGCUGCUGAAGGCUGAGCAACAGAAGCUGGAGCAGUUGACCAAGCUGCUGGACGGGUUAAGCCACACCCAGAAUGCAGAGAUGCACAUGGACACUUGUGAAAAAGCACCAUGAAUAUCCACACAUUUCACAAACUUGAGUUGAGUCCUACUGUAUUCCAACAAAUACUAAUUUUACAGCAGAUAGAGAAGUUAGAGAAGCAGUUUUUCCAUUGUGUUCAAUUCUUCUAUUUUAACUUGUUGCCACAUGUUGUUGUAUGCCAUCAAAAAAAAGAACAAAUUCUGACAUGAACCUCAAUCAAAUCAUACCCAUACCUAGAAUAUAAAUGUUUCUAAACCAUUUAUUCAGAAUUUAUUUAAGACACAAUAAAAAAGUUUGUAAACAAGCCUAAA